GAAUGAUGUCAUCGCAUGACUGUGUUUUUAUGAAUGAAAAGAAUCCUCUGAGUGAGUAAUUCCAGGAAACUCAUAUUACAACUCAGCAGAUCACCGCGCAGAGCCCAGCUCAGCCCUUCUCCUCGGAAAACAACAACUUCAUUUACAGAAACAAACAAGGUGAUUUGAGAGCAUAAUCGGCGAGGAAAGCAAAGGGGGUCUCUCCCAGGACAGCGAGAGGGGAAGGACAGCAGACAAAAGAGGGAUCCGGAGGAUUUGCCUGAAAUUACAGGCUCUUUCCCGGGGAUUGGCAGGAGCGUGAGGGAAAAUGUCAGCUGACAGCUUGUCAAGCAAAGCCCUAAAGAUCAAACGGGAGAUGGGUGAGAACACGCCGCACCUCUCGGAUGAGGAGCUCAUGGGGUUGUCCGUGCGGGAACUCAACCACCACCUGCGAGGCCUCUCCAAGGAGGAGGUUGCGCGGCUGAAGCAGCGUCGGCGCACGCUGAAGAACCGCGGCUACGCGGCCAGCUGCCGGGUCAAGCGGGUGUGUCAGAAGGAAGAACUGCAGAAGCAGAAGACGGAGUUGGAAAGGGAGGUCGAUAAGCUAGCACGGGAGAAUGCGGCCAUGCGCCUGGAGCUCGACGCCCUACGGGGCAAGUAUGAGGCGUUGCAGGGCUUUGCCCGCACCGUUACCGCUCACGGCGCUACUGCCAAGGUGGCUACUGCCAGCGUCAUUACCAUCGUCAAAUCUGGCUCCAACCAGGCCACGUACUCCUAGUGUCUGCAAGCCAAGUUGUGAACUGAGUCCUGUUGCCAUGCCUCUGCCCAGCUCUCACCUAGAACGGCUGUAGCUGCACUGGCCUCUCCCCUUCUUCCACUUUUUUUUCUGCCAUCUGAAGGAGACAGAAUCGGCUUGAAGACAAAAGGGAUGAAUGUUGAACUUCCUCCUCUGUCCCUUACUGUGGUUGGGAGAGGGCGGGAAGGUGGUGCCUGAUUUGUGUCAUUUUAGUUGUGUACGUUAUCCGUGGAUUGGAAUGCAGUGGCCAGUUCUCCCCUCCCCCUUUUCCUUCCUCCAACCACUUUUCUUUUCCAUUUGAUGUUUGUCAGGUUUUCUCCUCUUGCCCUUCUGUGUACUGGACCCCCAAGCUAAUGUAGUAGGAUGGGUCUGGAGAUGACGUCGCUGUUAUAGUUGGGAGCACAGCUUCUGAGAACCUUUGAUUGCAAAGGUAGCGAAAGGGAAAUAACUUCUCUGUGACAGGGCAAAAGGGAUGCUAAAGAGAAGCCUGCUUUUUGUCGGUGAGAGCUGGCGAUGCACUUAAUGAUCCAGGAUGUCCCCAGAAGCUGCCACCCUGGUCUCUCGGUGGCUAAGCUUUGAACCGAUCCUGUGUGUCCAUAUUAUAGAACUGCCUUCCCUCUUUGUUGUGCGCACUUUGACUCAGAAGCUCCAUGCUUCCUUCAAUUUGGAAUUGGAGUUGUUUGAACCGGCCGUAAUAAGAGCAAUCCGAAUCAGAUUGAGUUUUGGAUGAGUAGACAUACUUAAUAACAAUAAAGGAAAGAGGAAAUUAGUUGUAGCAAGGGGCAAGAAAAGGAAUUAUUGUUGUGUGAUCGUACGGAUGGUGAAGGGAAGGGGUCGUUGAGGUGCACACCAAGAACACAGAGUCGGUUGCUGUCAUCCCAGUCUAUGAUAAUAGAAAUACUUGACAACUUAGUAACUAGAAGAGACAACCUCUGUGUCUCCAGCUGGGUGUCCUUGUAACCUUAGUUGACGUACCCUUUUUAUUAUAAUGGUGUUCUUGGUCUGAGGGUUCAAGCUCUCUGGCAUGGGAUGGAAGUAGCUUUCUAAAGAGGGAAAACAAGGUGGAGAAAGUAGAGCAGGAAUGUGGCGGGAUGAGGCAGGAGAAAGAAGGAUAAAGCAAGUGAGACUGCUGGAUAGAGAAGGAGCAACAGAUUAUAAACAACACCCAAGGAAAACCUUUCCAUUCUAAUGGGAAUAGUUUCCAGAGGGCUACCUGUGGUAGUAUUUCACCUAAUUUUGCAGUUUUCAUGUUGAGUAAAGGGUGAGGAGUACAAUAAUUGAGGAACACACAAGAGGCACAAUUCAUCCAAUCAGAAGGAACCCCCAGUUUAGUGGGCAAGUAUCUUUUUAUUAUGUUUGAAAAUACAUAGCAUCUGCUUUUGGGGUGGGGGUGGGGAGGGGAUUCAAGUAUAACAGAAAGAAUCUUCCUUCCAUAUUUUCUUUCCAUUUCUUUCAUCUGGUAGAUAAACUCGAGUGUCAGGAAAGAAAUAUGCAGAACUCUCCCAGAGAUGAAAGAAAAUGUGGGAUCACCAGAAUCUAGCUGCACAUUGGGUUGGCCAAGCCCAACAGCUAGCUGCCUUGGGGCAGCAGGAUUCUAGAAGCUCUGGACUAAUGGGAAAUUCUUCAAGCCCGUUCUUUUUCCCUACAAGCAAAGAGGGGAGGAGAUUUCCUUGCUCAGAAGAAAUGCAAAUACCCUUCCCUGUUGCAAGUGUGUGUGUGUCUGUCUGUCUGUCUAGGAUUAAUUUUGACACAGGGCAGCAAAAUAGCUUGAGCCAAAUAGCUACACAAAUCAAAAUGGAGGGUUACUAGCCAAAAGCAAUGUCUUCUAUACAAAUAAAGCCUGUUCGGAGAAACUGAGUCAAAGGGAGAAUGGGUUUUGCUGAGGAGAGCCAAGUAACGGAGUUGUGGGAUCCCUUGUGUCCCGUGGUAUUUAUCCCUUAUCCUUUAAAGGGUGCAGCCUUAUAUCUAUAUAUCUAUAUAUACACAGAGAGACACUUACUUACCUGAGAGCAAGUCCCAUUGAACUCUGUAGGACUUGCUUCUGAAUAGACUUACAUAAGAAGGCACUGUGAAUCAUGCUGCUGCAUUCAUUAACUAGAGAGGGGAACUCAUUGCUGACCACUCAGCUUCUGAGAGUUUUUCCUACAUUUCCAGUAGUCACAGGAAUCAUGUUUAAAUGCCACAGUAGAUUACUGCUCUUCCCCCAAGAAUGGGCAGUGUGGUGGUGCCACUCAGAAGCCAAAUGUGGGCUCAGUUUAAAUAUAAUUUAAAAGUGUGUUUAAAUAUAUAUGUAUAUGCACAUUACCCAGCCAGGCUUCCAUGGAGACAGUAUCCCAUUUAAACCAGGUUGCCUUCAUUUACAGUACAUACGCAAGGUUGUCACGCUAGGAAUCCAUGGGCCAGAUGGGUUGCACUGAUGUGCUAGCGUCGCAUUCGGAGGAACCAGCGCCUGAUUUAAGCGUGAUGCCCAUCUCUAAAUCCACUUGGGGAAACUGUUUUAGCCCAUCAGCUAUCAAGUUUAAAACUGGGUUUGGAAUCUUGGCCCAAGCAGAAAGCAUAAGAGAAAAAAACAAAAGCUAUAUCAAGGAAUAUAGCUUAUCUCUGAUCAUUUUCAGAAGCUGGCUAACUCAUAAGUCAUUGAUGGCUUGAGUGCAGAUGCGUAAAUGAAAAUGGGGGAGGGCUUAGAUUAGGUGGGUUUUGAAGGUACCUUCCACCCUUAAGUUAAUAUGCUAACAUAGGAACCAGUGAGUAUUUGUGGGCAGUCACUUCCAGGCAUGUGCCACAGUGACUUAAUUAAAUGACCAUUAACCCUUUAAUUAUUUAGACAUAUGGUUGGGUUCACCCACCCUGCAGCUUACCACGACACCCACCCCCAUGAUGGAAUCAGCUUCCAAACCAGUGUUGUCCGUCCAUCCAUCCUCCCUCCCCCAGCCUUUGAUGAUCCUUAUGGGGGUCCUUCCUUAGCGUUUCUCCCUUGUUCCUACCCUGUGAUUUAUUUAUUGCACAAAUAUAAGUUAUUUUCACGUCCUUUAUGCCAUUCCGCCUUGUGGCCAGGAUGUUGGUACAGAGCCGUACUUUAUAUUUUAUAUAUGCAAAUCACAUUUUAUCUUCUAUAGAGCAAGAAAAAAGUACUUAUUUAUUUUCUGACUUACAGUAAGUGUCCUGCCAGACUCCUCUGUAUUUUGUAGACUUUACAAAUAAAGCCAGAUUUUUUUUUCCAAAA